CCGUCCUUGGUUCCUUUGGUCCCUCACUGCAAGGACCACGCCUCAAGCAAGCCGUCGUACGUGAUGUUCGCGCUCAUCUUCAUCCUGUUCGGGAUGGCCAUCGUGGCCGCCUGCCUCAACCUGCUCGUGCUGCGCUUCGUCACCAUGAACACCGAGGACGAGAAGCGCGACCAGCAGGCGCAGGAGCAGGCGCAGCAAGUAGCAGUGCGGUUGGAAGGUGACGUCAUCACGGCGGACGGCGCGGUGUUACGCGGUGUAUCACGCGGCACAAGGCUGCCUGCCGACAACCGCCAGCGGCCACAAGGCGACGCGUCGGUGAUGCCGCUGUACGUGGACGAGGAGUACGCGCCCAGCGUGUGCAGCUGCUCCUGCGGCUGCUGGGGCGCCAACAAAUCCAACGCCCCCUACCGGGACCCGCUGUCACCAGUGCCUCCUACCAACAUAAAGCACAUAAAAUCCAAAGCGUACCGGGAACUUGGCAGCAUUCCCCGGUACAUAGAAAAGUCGUCCUCCAAAGAUCGCUCCCAAUCCUUAAGACUGAACUCUGCGUCGGGAUACCUGUAUAUGAACGCGAGGAACGACUUCCAGUUCGAUCCUGAAGAUUUUAGGGAGAUGGUCGCUAAGAGACGGGAACAGCUGCGGAAGGGCAUGAUGAUGUAUGAUAUCAGGUACAACAACAACGAGCAACUACUCGGAUACCGCGCGUCGGCGCCGCGCGAGUCGCCGCCGUCGUCGCUGUGGUCGCGCGCCGCGCGCAGCCGCGACCCGCUCGUCGACGACUACGACUCCGAGAAGUCGUCCUACGCCAGGAAGAAGCUGCUCAAGAAUAUAGCUAGGAACACAGCCAACAAACGCGUAGAAAACUACUUCUACGACGACGCAGUAUUGCAUUUCGACGACGAAUACGCGUUCGACGGAUCCAUGUUGUUCGCGAAACGGAGAAAAUCUCCGGAACACCGAUGGGAGGACUACAACUGCCAGUUGCCAAAGAACCCUCACGCCGACACCGAGUCGAAUGACGGUAGUUAUGGAUAUUAUUUGCCUGAUGAAGAGGAGCAGGAUCAGUACUUCGUGAAUGAUACCCUGACGUUCACUAUGCCUUCCACUCGCGCGAGCGUUUAGUAUAGGGGUGGAUAUUUUAAAAGUUUUCGGGGCCAAAUCUAGCCGACGAAUGGGACAGUAUUUAGUUCGUAUUUCUGUGUGCUUACCGUGAGUUUACAUUAGGCGUGCUCCUAAGUGAUUGUACAGCGCCCCUAACGGUUACUCUCAAAGACUAAAAUCGUCAUAAUUUUUUUUAGGCGUUUCGUGUAAACUCAUGAUAAAGCUACUGAAUAUGAACUUGAUGACAGACUAUAGUCUGGUCCAUAUUAAAAGUCAGUUCAAUCUCAAACCUAUGUUGAUAGAAUAAUACUCCUACAAAAAUCGUUGGCUGGAUUAAAGCCCUACGCAGGCCGUAUUUUGCUCACCCCUGUAUAUAGUGUACGAAGAGCAAAGUGAUUAGGGUUGCCAGGCCUUGAAACCGGAAAUUCAGAUACUUGAUUGCUCAAUCGGAUAUUUAGAUUACGAUGUAAUUAAGGAUCUUCAUCAUGAAAAAUAAUUCACAUAUGAGAAUUCAAUCGGUCACGAGUGCGUGGAAAAGUUAAAUAAAUGGAUCGGUAAAACAUCUAAAAACCUAACCAAAAUCCGUAGCAUUCUUGUUCAAACUUCUAGCUUAACUAAAAUAUAAACAUCACCAUCGUUGGUUGAAUUUAAUUAUUAAAACAAAUCAUAAAAUCAAAUCUAUCCAUGCAAGCUGACAGGUAUUAAUCGCCUGGCAACCCUAACCGCUAGCCAGUGUAGACUACUGAUCAGAGAACAGACUACCUACCGACCGAGCUAUGGACUGCCCUAUUGUAGUCCCGGACCGCUGGACCACUGAGAGCCCUGAGCGAUCGGUCUACUGCCUGAGCCGUUGAUUUAUGUGACAAAUACGAUGUUAUUGCCUAUCUAUAAUGAGGGUUUUCGCGUAUGAAAAAUCCGCCAGAUGGCAAUACGUAGACGCAAGGUCCAAA